AUGUCGAUGAUAAUUGGCAGCAUAGUAAUGCCAGAUACAUUUGAGAGUAUGGUUCAUUUGAUGUAUCCGUCCCUUUUAGCUGACUUGCAGAACGUCUCAAACUAUAGUUGGGCAUCUGUAGUGUUUUCCUGCUUGUAUCGUGCCCUCAAUCAUGGUAUAAGGGUCGAUCAAGACAAUAUCAAAAGAUGGUAUCGAACAACACAGUCAAUAUUCCACGACACCACAACUGUACAACAAUUUCGUCAAAAAAUGGACGACCUCUCACCCAAACAGUUCAUAUGGACUCCCUACAAACGUGAUGAAAUUCAUCAGAUGAUUCCAGUCGAACUGCCCCUCACUUGUCAGGCAAUUGUGCCUCUCAUAUGCUUCUUUGUUGUAGAAUUCCACCAAUCAGACCGUGUCAUGCGUCAAUUUGGAUUUCGACAGACUGUCCCGCAACCACCAAUGAGUCUAGAUGACAUACAUAAACAAGAUAUGAGAGGACGCGCAGAUUGGAAUUGGCAAGAACACCAUCAAUAA